CCCAAUCAUCAAAGGAACCCUUUUUAAUACAGAAAACAUCCAUUCUUUAAACCUCUUCUUCUCUUCAUCUAUCUUUCUUUUUCUCUGCCUUAGCCCCCAUCAAGUUCAUCCAAUUUACAUCAAAUAAAUUUCUCUUAUCAUGGCUGUUUUGGUGUAUUUUGUGCUUUUCCUGGCCCUUACUGCCCAUUCAAGUGCCCUUUACUGUAUAUGCAAAGAUGGUGUGGGUGAUCAAGUCCUUCAGAAAGCAAUAGAUUAUGCUUGUGGAAAUGGAGCUGAUUGUAGUCCUAUUAUCCAAAACGGAGCUUGUUACCAACCAAACACUGUGAAGGAUCACUGUAACUAUGCGGUUAAUAGCUAUUACCAGAAAAAAGGUAAUGUUCAAGGUAGCUGUGAUUUUUCUGGUGCUGCCACAACCAGUCCAACACCACCUUCUACAUCAUCUGGAUGUGUUUACCCCUCAAGUCCUAGCAAUGCAGGAACAGGCAAUACAACAACACCAUCAACCGGUUCACCAGGCACAACACCAUCAACCGGUUCACCAGGCACAACACCGUCAACCGGUACAACUCCAGGCACAGGAACCGGAACCGGCACAACCGUGGGUAGUCCUAAUGUGUUUGGAAUAAGUCCAACAGCUGCAACUGGUACUGGGGGCACCAACAUUGACAAUGGAGCUGGAAUAGCUAAUUUGAAAGGCACCAACAUCAAGUUGCUAUUGCCCCUUGCUCUAACCUUCUGUUUAGCCUUCAGGGUCUAAAGGUACAGUGCCACUACUAGAAUAGGAGCAACUUGUGGGGUUUGAUGUGUGGAUGAGAUUUUGCCACUACAGGUUGGUUAUUCACGUAGUUUUUACUAAUCAUCCACAAGCAUUUGAAGCAAACCCGUUUUUGUUUUCUUCGUGGUCCAAAGUGGGAAAAAAAAAAGUGGGGAAUUUGGUUCCUUGUAUAGUGGUGAUAUAUUUUGAUUAUGACUAGUUAUGGGGGUAGAAGUAGAACCUGAUUAUUUUCUUUUAGACUAUGACAGGCACUAUUUUUUUAAUUUAAUGGAAUCGUGCUACCCCGUAUAUAAACUACUUUAUAUAUGAUUCAAUUUCAUGCUAGCUGGCCACUCUCUGUCUCUCCCCUUCAACUUUUUCCUUUCUUCAAUUGUUUUCCUGCUUGAUUUGCAUUUCACAUCGCUUUUCAUUCAUUAUAUUUCCAGUCAUUUUCUUUGGUUUUCAGUUACCAACACAUUACGUAACUUCAUCUUAUGCUUCAGUUUUAGUCCUUGAUUAGUCAGAGAAAUUCUUAGGUGUUUGAAGGCUAAUAAAAGGCUCUUGUACUGUACUAUUUUAUGUGUCUCGUUUUAUAUCCGUUGGUUAUUAUUAUGGGAAAUGUUUUUCUCCUUUCACAUGAGACAAUAUUUCAUUCCUACACAUACAUCAACUUCCGUGUCAAGUUUUUAUUUUUGUUUUUACUUUUUUUGUUAAA